AAGCGGGCGGAGCGAAGCCAGGCUAGGGUGAGCGGCCUCCGGAGCGGAGCGGGUCUCUCUGGAGGAGACACUUUUUUUUUUCCUCCCUCCUUCCCUCCUCUCCUCCUCCCUUCCCUUCCCCUCUCCUCCCCUCUCUCCUCCUUCCCCCCUCGGUCCGCCGGAGCCUGCUGGGGCGAGCGGUUGGUAUUGCAGGCGCUUACUCUCCGGGGCCGCCCGGCGGGUAGCUGGCGGGGGGAGGAGGCAGGAACCGCGAUGGCGCCUCAGAAGCACGGCGGUGGGGGAGGGGGCGGCUCGGGGCCCAGCGCGGGGUCCGGGGGAGGCGGCUUCGGGGGUUCGGCGGCGGUGGCUGCGGCGGCGGCGGCGGCGGCGUCGGGCGGCAAAUCCGGCGGCGGGGGCUGUGGAGGCGGUGGCAGUUACUCGGGCUCCUCCUCCUCCUCCGCGGCGGCGGCGGCGGGGGCCGCCGUGUUACCGGUGAAGAAGCCGAAAAUGGAGCACGUCCAGGCUGACCACGAGCUUUUCCUCCAGGCCUUUGAGAAACCAACCCAGAUCUAUAGAUUUCUUCGAACUCGAAAUCUUAUAGCACCAAUAUUUUUGCACAGAACUCUUACUUACAUGUCUCAUCGAAACUCCAGAACAAACAUCAAAAGGAAAACAUUUAAAGUUGAUGAUAUGUUAUCAAAAGUAGAGAAAAUGAAAGGAGAGCAAGAAUCUCAUAGUUUGUCAGCUCAUCUGCAGCUUACAUUUACUGGUUUCUUCCACAAAAAUGAUAAGCCAACACAAAAUUCAGAAAAUGAACAAAAUUCCGUUACCCUGGAAGUCCUGCUUGUGAAAGUUUGCCACAAAAAAAGAAAGGAUGUAAGUUGUCCAAUAAGGCAAGUUCCUACAGGUAAAAAGCAGGUGCCUUUGAAUCCUGACCUCAAUCAAACAAAACCUGGAAAUUUCCCGUCCCUUGCAGUUUCCAGUAAUGAAUUUGAACCUAGUAACAGCCAUAUGGUGAAGUCUUACUCAUUGCUAUUUAGAGUGACUCGUCCGGGAAGAAGAGAGUUUAAUGGAAUGAUUAAUGGAGAAACCAAUGAAAAUAUUGAUGUCAAUGAAGAACUUCCAGCUAGAAGAAAAAGAAAUCGUGAAGAUGGGGAAAAGACAUUUGUUGCACAAAUGACAGUAUUUGAUAAAAACAGUUUGGCAGAGAUCAAAAAUCUUGAUAAAGCACUGUUGAUGAGGCUGGGGAAAAGGGGCCUCAUGCAUUUCAGGCGUUUACAGCUUUUAGAUGGGGAAUAUGAAGUAGCCAUGCAGGAAAUGGAAGAAUGUCCAAUAAGCAAGAAAAGAGCAACAUGGGAGACUAUUCUUGAUGGGAAGAGGCUGCCUCCAUUUGAAACAUUUUCUCAGGGACCUACAUUGCAAUUCACUCUUCGUUGGACAGGAGAGACCAAUGAUAAAUCUACAGCUCCUAUUGCCAAGCCUCUUGCCACUAGAAAUUCAGAGAGCCUCCAUCAAGAAAACAAGCCUGGUUCAGUUAAACCUACUCAAACUAUUGCUGUUAAAGAAUCAUUAACUACAGAUCUACAAACAAGAAAAGAAAAAGAUCCUUCAAAUGAAAACCGACAAAAAUUAAGAAUAUUUUAUCAGUUCCUUUAUAACAACAAUACAAGACAACAAACUGAAGCAAGAGAUGACCUCCAUUGCCCUUGGUGCACUCUGAACUGCCGCAAACUUUAUAGUUUACUCAAGCAUCUUAAACUCUGCCAUAGCAGAUUUAUCUUCAAUUAUGUUUAUCAUCCAAAAGGUGCUAGGAUAGAUGUUUCUAUCAAUGAGUGUUACGAUGGCUCCUAUGCAGGAAAUCCUCAGGAUAUUCAUCGCCAACCUGGAUUUGCAUUUAGUAGGAAUGGACCAGUAAAGAGAACGCCUAUCACACACAUUCUUGUGUGCAGGCCAAAACGAACAAAAGCAAGCAUGUCUGAAUUUCUUGAAUCUGAAGAUGGAGAAGUGGAACAGCAACGAACAUACAGUAGUGGACACAAUCGUCUGUAUUUCCAUAGUGAUACUUGUUUACCUCUCCGCCCACAAGAAAUGGAAGUAGAUAGUGAAGAUGAAAAAGAUCCUGAAUGGCUAAGAGAAAAAACCAUUACACAAAUUGAGGAAUUUUCUGAUGUUAAUGAAGGAGAGAAAGAAGUAAUGAAACUCUGGAACCUCCAUGUCAUGAAGCAUGGGUUUAUUGCUGACAAUCAAAUGAAUCAUGCCUGUAUGCUGUUUGUAGAAAACUAUGGACAGAAAAUAAUUAAGAAGAAUUUGUGUCGAAACUUCAUGCUUCAUCUAGUCAGCAUGCAUGACUUUAAUCUUAUUAGCAUAAUGUCAAUAGAUAAAGCUGUUACCAAGCUCCGUGAAAUGCAGCAAAAGUUAGAAAAAGGAGAAUCUGCUUCCCCUGCAAAUGAAGAAAUCACUGAAGAACAAAAUGGGACAGCAAAUGGAUUUAGUGAAAUUAACUCAAAAGAGAAAGCUUUGGAAACAGAUGGUGUCUCAGGGGUUUCAAAACAGAGCAAAAAACAAAAACUCUGAAAAGGUUUAACCCCCCAUAUUAUGGACAAACACUGAAAUUGCAUUCUACGGAAUUCAGCCUCUAGGAAGAGUUUUGUUUUCGUUUUUAAUCAUAGGUUCCAAACAGGCACUGUUAGAUGAAGUAAAUGAUUUCAACAAGGAUAUUUGUAUCAGGGUUCUACUUCACUUCAUUAUGCAGCAUUAUAUGUAUAUCAGUUUUAUUGAUCUCAUUAAAACAUUCUCUAGUUUGAGCAUGAAAAGCAAUACUUCAAAGAAAGUAUUUUUAACUUCAACAGUUGUCUUAUGAAAUACAUUGAUAAUCUAGAAAUUAAAUUUCAUAUAUUUAAAUUACAAUGUUUUUUGCAUUUGUGACUGGCUGUUUUUCUACUUCGUAAUUGUGAGACAUUUUCUUGGGAAGGGAAAAUUGGAAUGUGAUUCCCUUUUUUUUUAAAUGAAGAUUUUUGUGAAAUUAUAUUGCAUUACUAUUUGCAAUCAAACCUUGAUCCUUGAUUUUGAAAUCAUUUAUCAACUUGGAGUGAAGAAUCACAAUAUGUUUUAUAUUAUGUAAGUUCAUUUUACAAUUUUAAAAUAGCACUUCUUCAUCUUAAUGCCUGUUUGAGAACAUGUUAAUUUUUCACAUUGUCAACAGUGAAAUGUCAUGUUAGUUUGUGAGGUUACUGACCAUUUGUUUUUAUGUGGAUAAUUUUAGUGCAUUGCUCACCCAGUAUAUUUUUUUAAACUUGAACAUUUUGCUGUUUUUGUUUUUGUUUUUGUUUUUGUUUCCAAUUAGGUAAUCACAUGGAAAAUACAGCUAUCCACAUCUUUCCAUUAGGAUUGUAAACCAAGGGAAGAACAAGUUUGAGAUUUCUAAGAUGCCACUUUCGAGGGAGGAAAUGUUUUAUAAAAAUGAACCUGAAAAUUUUAACUUUUUUUCUUUGCAAGGAUGUCUUUGUAAUGUAUUUCAUAAUUAGAAUAUCCAAUAUAGAUAAGCUGACUUGAAUGGUUUUGAGCAGUUUUACCCUGUGUUAUGUGUGUUUUAUGCACAUAUUUGCGGUUGGAUUUUCUCCAACAGAAAGUGGUUUCACUACUGGCACAUUAACAAGCACCAAUAGUUUUUUUAUUCCAACUCCAAGCACUGUGGUUGAGUAACAUCACCUCAAUUUUUUAUUAUCCUUAAAGAUAAUUACAUUUUCAUAUUCUUUAUUUAUAAAGGAUCAAUGCUGCUGUAAAUACAGGUAUUUUUAAUUUUUUUAUUUCAUUCCACCACCAUCAGAUGCAGUUCCCUAUUUUGUUUAAUGAAGGGAUAAAUAAGCUUUCUAAUGGUGUCUUCAGAAAUUUAUAAAAUGUAAAUACUGAUUUGAUUGGUCUUUAAGAUGUGUUAAACUGUGAGGCUAUUUAACUAAUAGUGUGGAUGUGAUUUGUCAUCCAGUAUUAAGUUCUUAGUCAUUGAUUUUUGUGUUAAAAAAAUAGGAAAGAGGGAAACUGCAGCUUUCAUUACAGACUCCUUGUUGAUAAGCUCUCCAAAUCAUGAGUUAACAAUAAACUCUGAUCAUGCCUCUGGAUAGUGGAUCUCGAGCAUUUCUCUCGGGCUUUAAUUUGCUAAAGCUGUGCACAUAUGUAAAAAAAAUAGAUUAUUUUAGGGGAGAUGUAGGUGUAGAAUUAUUGCUUAUGUCAUUUCUUAAGCAGUUAUGCUCUUAAUGCUUAAAAGAAGGCUAGCAUUGUUUGCACAAAAAGUUGGUGAUUCCCUCCCCCAAAUAGUAAUAAAAUUACUUCUGUUGAGUAAACUUUUUAUGUCAUCUUAUAAUAAAAGCUGAAAAAAAUCCCUUUGUUUCUAUUUAUAAAAAAAUGCUUUUCUAUAUGUACCCUUGAUAAGAGAUUUUGAAGAAAUCAUGUAAGAUGAUAAAGCAUUUGAAUGGUACAGUAGAUGUAAAAAAAAAAUCAGUUUAAAAGAAUGUUUGUUUUUACAUUAAAUGUUUAUUUGAAAUCAAAUGAUUUUGUACAUAAAGUUCAAUAAUAUAAAAGUUGUAUUCUGUU